GAUCGGAAACAUGCCGACACCAGGUAGCCAUCAACCGCGCGUGAGUAUAAGGCGGCUAAGCGCCGCACACAAGCGACGGCGAUCGGCUCUCGUCGUCGCGUAGGUAGGUUGUAGGUGCUAAAUUGCGCCAGCAUGGGUUGUCGCGUGGCAUAUGUAUGGUUGGUCGAAGAAGCGGGAUGGUCCUACCUGCAGCCUUGCUUAUGGAGUUGAUGCGGGAGGUAGCCUUAACUGCACGACUGUGCGUACCAAGCCGGAAGGGUCUAAACGAGCACGGAAGGUAGUGAUAAGACAGGUCCCUUUAGUGUCGCCGUCCAUUGAGUAUCCCAGAUGUGCGACCGACUUGGUCAACUUCGCGUUAUUCUAGUAUGAUCCCUUUAUUGUUUAUCAAUAUUUUAAACCAAAGUGUUGCUCUCCGUGUCUCUCAAAGUCUUUUCGGAGACUCUAAUAUUCAGAUAUCUCUUCCGCAUAUUACUCCUUUUUAUCAUAACACACCUUACGUUAUUAGUUACUUGAUAGUGCCUCCAAGCCGUAUCACUUAUAUCACUAUCACAUGCGACCAUGUCUGCUCUCCAGCCAAAUGAACUGAGCCAUCGCUUCCUAGUCACGAAUAUCAUUUCUGGCACUUUUAUGCUGCUAGCAGCUGUAUGUGUCAUUAUACGUCUCGCUCACCAUCAACGGGAAAGGAGAGUCAAAUGGGACGACUGGGCCAUCUUAGCAGCGUUCAUUACGGGUGUCGGGGCAUAUAUCUCUGGGCUCGUAUGCGCUGUAAACGGCUACCACGCUGAAUCACCCACGAUUCCGCAAUUAAAUACAUGCUCAAAGACGGGCCUCGCGGGCGAAGUCCUCUACACCAUCAGCGUGGCCUUCGCCAAGAUUUCGGUCUUGCUAUUCUACAAGCGCAUCUUCUACCCCGAGACGGAAUUCGUGGUAUUCACGCGCGUCAUGACCGUCCUCGUCGUCGCGGCCUGCGUCACGUACAUGUUCGGCCUCAUCUUCACGGACACGCCGGCCGUCGCCCACUGGAACGUUAGCAUGUCCCACACGUCGAUCAACGCCGUGGCCUUCUACGAGACCGUCGCCGCCGUCAACAUCCUCAUCGACGUCGUUGUCAUAGGGUACACCCAGCUGAACGUGUGGCGCUCGCAAAUGAGCGCCAGGAAUAAAUUCGAGAUAUCUGGCCUGCUAUUUUUUGCCGUAUCAUCUGUUGUUGUGGGUAUAUUACGCGUUGUAUAUACCGGUAUUAUGGACCAUAACGAUGCCACAUACACUCUAACGCUCGCUUGGUUAUUUGCGACGCUAGAGCUAUUCCUAUAUAUCAUCUGCGGUUGUCUGCCCAUCGUCUACAAUCUCUUCCGCUCAAUAUUUCGCGGCCGUUCGAAGAAUGACCGAACGGGAACCACUGUGAUCUCUUGGCCGGUGACGCUCGUCAGCAACUCGCUUGAAGAAAAGAGAGCCCCAUAUCAUCAAUUCGAUGAAAGAACAUACGUGUACAAGUACAUUUCACGCAAGUCUCAGAUCGGCGACCUAGAAACACAGAGUAUGGAACCUUUGGUUUAUCCGGAACGCGCUUUAAGUCGCGAGCUGAACGACCGGGUUUAAUCUUGUAGCAGCAGGAAAAUGACAUGCUGUGAUAUUAGCGCUGUAUAAAUGCUUUUAGCCCAUUCAAGCCGGCUGCUCAUGUUCUGAAAAUAUCGCUUGACAUGGAUAGCUUGGGGGAGUAGAGGAUAUAGAGGCUCGAUCUCGCUUUACUAAGGUUAUUUUGACAUGGGACAGGUUAGCUGAAUCUUAUAUAGCAAAAUAUACAAUGUCGUGAUCCAAAAAAAAAAAGAACAAAAAAGUUUAUUCCCAUUACACUACUUAAAUCCUACCCGGACCGCACCACGCCGAUACACAAC